AUGGAAUGUAACAAGGAAGAAGCUAGAAGAGCAUUGGCUAUCGCAGAUAGGAAACUAUCAGAGAACGAUUACAAUGGUGCGCAAAAAUUCGCUAGCAAGGCUCAGAAAAUGUAUCCGAAGCUCGACGGUCUGAAACAAGUCUUGGCGAUAACACAUGUUUACAUCUGUGGAUCAAACGGAGGAGACGAGUCUGAUUGGUAUGGGAUCCUAGGCGUGGAUCCAUUAGCUGUUGAAGAAACGUUGAAGAGACAGUACAAGAGGCUAGCUCUUUUGCUUCAUCCAGACAAGAACAGGUUUCAUGGCGCGGAAGGUGCAUUUAAGAUGGUUUCAGAUGCUUGGCGUCUAUUAUCCGACAAAGACAAGAGAAGCGAGUACGAUCGAAAAAGGAGACGGGAUGAAAUUCCACAGGAAAAGAGCAGAAGGCCAAAAAACAAGCCCGCUUCUUCUGAUGGCGCAAAUCAAGAAGCACAAGAAAAGAUUAAAGAAUGGCUUGAAAAGGCACGAAAAGAUACUGCUGCAGCUUUUGCGUCUGCAAGGCCACAAAACGAGCCACCUUCUUCUUCUCCAACUUCAUCAUCUCAUAAAAGGAGACGGGAUGAAUCUUCUCGAAAAAGGAGACGGGAUGAAAUUCCACAGAAAAGGAGCAAAAGGCCAAAAAACGAGCCCGCUUCUUCUGAUGGCGCAAAUCAAGAAGCACGAGAAAGAUUUAUAGAAUGGUUUGAAAAGGCACGAGAAGAUGUUGCUGCAGGUGUUGCUGCUGCUAAGAUAAACAGCCAACAUUAUUAUUAA